AUGAAGGCAGAGUAAGUCCGAAAAUACGCCACAUCAAUAUAUUUGCAUUUCUGACGGUAACCUCUGCAAUCAGUCUUGACACAACACGACCGUGUGACCGUUCGCGACCUCUGUCCCUCAAUCUGGGAUAGCUUCGGCAAAGAAAAUAGAUCGGAUGCUCCUGUACAUGUUGGUACAUCGGAGAAUUUAUCGGAGUGAUAUCAGAGAUUUGCAUGAUAUUUUUUCAACUUUUGACCUCUCACCCUAACCCAUUGCCAGAAAUAGAUGAAGACGUGCGGCGAUGUUCUUGAUGUACAAAAGCGCUCGUCGAACUUUGAGGUCAGUGCAGUUUGGCUCCUCGUAUCGUCUGCGUACUGAGCACUCGUUGGAUGUACCAUAAUUAGGCAACUUCAUCUUCUGGUCCAUCACGGCACGUAUCAACACGCUGAUAUAGCGUCCUUACGCCCUGCGUUUGUGACUGAUUGGGCAGUUUCUAUUGAAAUUCAACACUUGUCGGCAUUUGUCCUCCUGAACAAUCUGAUCUUUAAGCCAAUGCAGUCUUCAUGGCCGAUGGGGACUUCGAGGGAGGCCGUCUGACUGUUUCUUCCCCCCGUCAUUAACUAUAUAUCCGGGAAUAUGAUGCUUAAGAGUUCUUUGAAUCUUAGCCCUAGAUCCUGAUUUAUUAUGACGAAGGUAUCAUCAUCAUGCCAAGCCCAGAACUUCGGUCUCCGAUGUUAGAAGCCCAGCGACUCCAAUCGCGGUAGGGCUGACUCGGCUUUGAGUGCUGAAAAAGGCAAACACAUUGGUGCGCCUUUCACCUUCUCGUAGACUUCUCCUUCAAGCGUGAUGGACUUACAGUGAUAGAAGUCCAUGAGCCAGAGGACUUGUGCGAGUCCGAGGCAACUCUCCCUUUUAUUCUAUUUGUUUUUAAGAAUAGUUCGAUGUCCUCGACCACCAGAUCCUGGAAAAUAGAGGUGAAGAGGGAUAUGACAUCAAAAUAUAUCAUGAUCUUAUUCGGUAGGACAGUUACCUUUUUAAGUCACUCCAAAAUGUUUGUUGGCGAACAUAUCGCGGUGUUUGAACCAGCGGUCAGAAAUUUCAGACGCCGAAACAGUCACAUGGGCUUUCGCCAUGUGUCGGACGGUCGAUGCUUUUGCAUCUGAAAUCCCCAGUGCCAACGGUGUCGUGCUUAUUUCGCCUGAAGAGUUUCUACGGAGUUGGUAUCAUAUGGGACAUAAAGCUGACGAUCCUGCAGUAGGUUUCUGACUUUCUAAAGGUAGAUUGUUCUGUCCAAUACGACGAUGGUGCACCCCAUAUUCACGGACGCGAUAGCGAUGUCUUUGUCGGCCCUGAGUCCUUUAAGUGCAUCUUGUUCGACCUUGAGAAAUGCUUUGCAUGACCUAAGAGCCAUAAGGAAAGACGACACCUGGUAUUUGAUAAGGUUCUUCUUCUCCACCGCCGCCUUCGUCUGAGAGAUGACCAACUUUACCAUCGCAAUCACAUUAACAGGUUUGAUAUCGAAUGUGGUGAAUGAGGCUUCAUGCCAUAAAACUUGUAUUUACUCCUUCUUCGGUUCCUUUGACGACAGAUUGUGCACCAGUAUGUAUGUGCGUGUGUUAAGGCAGUAAGAACUUAUGGUAUAAUUUGUUUUCAUCAUACAAAUCAUUUUGUCUUAUUAACACAAAAGUAAAGCCAAUAUAGAGCUGCUAAUUCUUUUCGCAACUAACAAACUUGCUCUCAGUUUGCUUUGCAUUUUUGACGUUAGAAGGUUUCGUUUUUAAAACCUAAGGUGUUGAAAGCAAUGUUGAUUUUCUAUGGAAAUUCGAAAGUUUAUCAUCUUUUGGAACUUCUUUUGUGCCUUUCAGUGGACUGUAAAUAUUUUGCUUCCAAAUUCGAAAAAAAUGUUGUUCUAUCUACACAUAUUUUUGAUAUGAGCUACUUUCUGUUGCUUCUACAUACUUAAACUCCUUUUCAUAUGAGUCUGUUUGUUUGCUCCAAUCUGUCGAUAUUUGAUAGUACUCGACAUUGUAAAAUCCUUUUCAAGCGUUUUCGUUUGUCCAGCUGACGAUAGGGCUGUUAUAAUGCUUACUUCGUAAUGUGCUUUCAUGGCCAUGACAAAUUUAUUAUAUAAUUACUUAGUAACGCCGAUUUAGUUAUCUAAAUCAGUUUUUUUCAGAAACAUUUGCACAUGAAGUCUUCAGAGGACUUCGUUUGUCAAAUUCGUUCAAUGCAAUAAAAGAAUUAAGGCAGGUAGUUUGCUUGUCAUAGUUUUAUAUUAAAUUUCGUAGAAAAUUUAACUCUUUAGCCGUUGUUUCAUAUGCCAAGGUGGUAUUGCUGUCGGGAGAAGAAGAUAUUACUGGAAAAUUAUGUUCUCUCACUUAUGACCAUGAGGAAAUGACACACGUUUCCCACAUCUCGAAGAUGCUCAGCUUCUGAUCGCUAUCUCUAUAUGCACGAGAAGGUGACUAAGAAAUUUUAAUGGUUUCUUCCGGACGGCAGAAAUAAAUCUGUCUUUACUCUGAUUUUAAAAAGUCUGGAGUUAUCUUUGCAACAGGGAACGCAUUUUUUAGAUGAAAAAGCGAAUGGGAUUAACCCAUAAUGCAGCCAGUAAACGAGUAUCACAGGGAGGGAGGUUGGCACUUGGAACUUUUCUAGUGAAGCGCGUUUAGUCUUUUUGAGUUUUCAGCUCCCACAAAAAAGCAUUUUUGUUAUCAGUUUGCUCGAGUUAAUGACACCUCUGUAAUUUUCACGAGGUAAAUGUCCAGUCUACUUCGCAGUCAUUCUUAUUGGACAAGAGGCAGCCAAUGCGCGCUUACUUUCGCCAUCCAAUAAUCCAGUACCCUUUCGGGUGUAUGGAAACAUGUAACUGUGUUGCGUUUAAGCGAUGUAAAAACCCACGACACUAUGAUCCGCUGGCGCUUUUUUCCUUUUCUAGCGACGAACAACGCGAAAUGAAUGGGAGCAAGUUAUUGGUUAACAUACCAUGUGUGGCCUUUUUGAAGCCCUCUUCAGUGGCCACAGCAGCGGCCUCCGUUGUUAUGACCAUCUUCCUUUUAGUUGGAGUGCUGGGAAACGCGUGGAUCAUCUGGCUUUUGUUGCGCUCGGAUAAAAUGAGGAAAAACCUUAUCAACACCCUCAUCAUGAGCCUUUGUUGGAACGAUAUUAUUAACCUCAUUUUUGUUCAGUCUCUGGUUCUGCACAGCUACUGUUUUGGCCAAUGGCUCGUAGGUACCUUCCUCUGCUUUGUUGUGCCCGAGGCGAAUAUGAUUUUUGUGGGUGUUAGCCUCUGGCAUCACGCCUUCAUAGCUAUUCAUCGUUAUGUAAUUGUCGUACACUGGAUAUUUUAUCGUCACAUGCACAAAAAGGUGUACCUAAGGUUUGUUGUCGUUGGAAGCCGCCUCCUGCCCCUGGCUCUGAGCAUUUGUUUCAACAGUAUCUCUCUGGUCAAAUUUCUCGAAGAACUGGACACCGGUACGAGCACUGUUCCACCAGCGACUGCACCCUCUAGGAUCACUCGUUUUCUUGGAUCCGUCAUGUUCUACUCCCCCUUCCUUUUGCGUUGUGUGUACAAGAAGUCGGAGGGCCUACGAAUAAUCGCCGUCCUAGUGCUCACUGUAAUACUACCGUGCGUGAUCGUUCUGAUAUCAUUUACCAGUCUUUUCAUACACGUACGCAGAAAGGGUUUGAAUCUUGGGCGACGGCUUAAAAAGGCUACGGCCGUGGGUGUUAACUGUUCUGCCAGCCUCUACGAAGACACCAUACAACUGAAAUCAGGGACGACAGAAUAUCCGCCAAAUCCUGCAGCAGUGUCAGUACCAUUCAAGGUUAACGAAUUGUCAUGUGACAAUUACCUGAACCCACCUCAGUCCCACCUUCAUACGGACGCCAUCAGUGAAAUCCAGAACUCGGAGCUCUAUCCUCAACGACCUCCCCAAACAAAGUUAGCUGGCUUACUGCGUAGGCGGAACAGUUGUCCAAAUCUUGUUGGACUCAUGGACAAGCGACGCAUUUCCAGGGAACUCAGCAUCACUAAAAUGUUUGCAGUCAUAUUUCUACUCUUUCUGGCUGGCUACCUGCCUUACGGUUUUAUCCGAAUGAUGGACAAAACGAAUGUGGACCCCGCAGACUGUCCGUCAGCUGUCAACCAAACCAAUCUGGAUGGUCUUGGAGUUGAGGAGGAGAUGAUUGCACUGAUUCCGCUGAACCAGUCGCCCUAUGGGAAUGCAAAGAGGUCACUCCCACGUUCUUUUUCAGAAGGCCUUGACAGAGGAACUUCGCCCAAUAUCUACGUUUUUCUGUCGGUCCUUUAUGCAGUAGCUUCAUGUUGUAAUCCCCUCAUCUUUGGUGUUAUGCACAGAGAUAUUCGCAAACGUGCAGUGCAGUCGGUUCGAACCUGGUGUAAUAAGUCACAACGAGACGCAUAG